AUGCCUGUUGAUAGCCACAUUAAGAAGAUGUUUGGUGAUGAUAUCACCACCAAAUUUCUCCAAACAAAAGUCUUGCUAGUCGGAGCAGGUGGUAUUGGAUGUGAACUACUCAAGGAUUUGAUCAUGAUGAAUAUUGGAGAGAUUCAUGUUUUGGAUUUAGACACCAUAGAUUUGUCUAACUUGAAUAGACAGUUUUUGUUCCGCCAUAAAGAUAUCAAACAGUCUAAGUCGAAGACAGCCAUAAAGGCCGUUGAAUCUUUCACUUAUAAAAGCAAAUUAUAUUCGUAUCAUGGUAGUAUUUUAGACAAUAAAAUGUUCCCCAUUUCAUUUUUCAAACAGUUUGACAUAAUCUAUAACGCAUUAGACAAUUUAGAGGCUCGUUUCUAUGUUAACCGUAUGUGUCUCUUUUUAAACAUUCCACUAUAUGAGAGUGGUACCACUGGAUUGAGGGGACAAGUUCAGCCAAUCUAUCCGCAUUUGAGUGAAUGUUUCAAUUGCAUUCCCAAGGAGACUCCCAAGACAUUUCCCGUGUGUACCAUUAGAUCAACACCUUCCAAACCGGUGCAUUGCAUUACCUGGGCAAAACAAUUUUUAUUUGCCCAACUAUUUUGCGGUGAUGAAGAAGCAGGAGAGGAGAAUGUCAAUCCAGAGGAAUUUACAAAUGAGGAGGAAGCUAAAGCAUCGGCUAAUGAAGUCAAUGAGUUGGCAGAUUUGAAGAAGCUGAUUAUCGACUCAAAACGUGAGGAAAGCGGGUAUGCAGAGACCAUAUUCAAGAAAAUUUUUAUUGACGAUAUAGAAAGGUUAUUAAGGAUUGAAGAUUUAUGGAAAUCAAGAGAACGUCCUACUUUCCAAGCAAUUGAAAACUAUGAAGCCAUUUUUAAGGGAAUUGAUCCAAAGCUAGUUGAAAAGCGUGAAUACCCCCAAAAUUGCUCUCAGCAAAAUGAUAUCAACGACAUAUUGGAGACCUAUGUUAUUUCAUUGUAUAGACUAUCAGAUCGUCUACGAAACGGUGAAGUUCUUGAAUUCGACAAAGACGAUGAAGACACCUUAAGGUUUGUUAUGUCCACAUCCAAUCUAAGAUCAUUGAUUUUUCAUAUUCCAGUCAAGAAUGAGUUUGAUUUGAAACAAAUUGCAGGUAAUAUCAUUCCUGCAGUGGCUACCAUGAAUGCUAUAAUGGCAGGGUUUUCGGCAUUAUCAUCCGUAAAGUACUUUACUGAGAGCAACAACGAAACCAGAAUGCGGAAAUCAAGAAUGGUUUACGAUACAUCAUCGACAGAUAAGGUAGUCAAUUCCUCAAAAUUGGUUUCUGCAAAUCCAAACUGUCCAGCAUGUUCGGUUACUAAGGGUAUAGUUGAAAUGGAUUUUACCAGUACUACCUUGGAAGAACUGCGAACUGAAUUGAUCAAGAAAUAUGGAUAUGCCGAUGAUGUUGAAAUCAUGACUCUUGAUUCAAAACUUUUAUAUGAUUUUGACCUUGAGGAAAACUUACCAAAGAAAGUUGGUCAUUUUAUAAAAGACGAGAGUAUAUUGCUAAUCAAUGAUUCCGACGAAAAAUUGGACAUCAUUGAGUUAUAUGCUGUUCACAAAAAAGGGACUGGAAUUGUUCUACCGGAUUUGGAAAUUCCAUUAAAGAAGAAGAACGGGGGCGAUGAGGAGGGUGAUGAGGAAAAUGAUGAAACCGAUGGUGCAGAAAUCGCAUUUGGUGGGUCUAUCAUUGUUUUGGAUGAUGAUACUGUGGAUAGUGGUAACACUGUAGAAGAGGUAGAAGAGGUGGAAGAGGUAGAAGUUUCAGACGAACCGCCAGCUAAGAGGCAGAGAGUUGAGUGA